ACCGUCUUUACUCACCCUCCGUUCAUGGAGUAGGGACUCCAGUCUCUCUGCACCUGGUGCUGGGUUGGCACUCUAAAGUCCAGCUCCAUACCUUCAGUUCGGAUCUCAACCACUUCGUCUGCAGACUCCCGCUAGAAAAGAUACAACACAGCAAAUUGUAGCUCACGUGCACCUGCUGCUGGGCAUUAUUUAGAAACGGACGUCUUCCACGGCCGUUUCUCGCCCUCCUGGUGAGCUGUUCACGUUUUCUGCGGCUCCUGAUUGACAAAAUCAUGCCACUAUUUUACUCGUUCUUCAAGUCGUUGGUGGGUAAAGAAGUCAUUGUCGAGCUAAAGAACGACCUUUGCAUCUGUGGGACCCUGGACUCAGUGGAUCAGUACCUGAAUGUAAAGCUGAAUGAUAUCAGUGUCCCAGACCCUGACAAGUACCCCCACAUGCUGUCUGUCAGGAACUGCUUCAUUCGUGGCUCAGUUGUGAGGUAUGUGCAGCUGCCUGCUGAAGAGGUGGACACUGUUCUGCUGCAAGAUGCCACCAGAAAGGAGGUGGCUCAAGGAAAGCAGCCCCAGAAGUCAGCCAGCUAGCCUAGGGUACCAUGUCAUAGCCCUGACAAGUACAGCAAUGUUGUAAUGUCACAUCACAGUGCUGCAUGGCCAGCAUGACUGCUUACUUGUCUACCAGCUUGUGUAUAUACAAUAUCAAUGUCUGAACAUGGUUCCGGCCCAGUUGGUGGGUCACAUGUUUCUC